AUGGCAGAAACAGUAGCCGGUGCAAUUGUUGCAGAGCAGGUUGUCUCGACUGGCCUCGAGGCAGGAGCUGCCGUUGCCGUGGCACGCCCAACGCAGCCUCUCAAGGUCUCCCUCUCCCAGAUCGCCACUACACCCGAGGACGAUUCUUCGCUUGCCCUAGCACGCUCUCACCACUCAGUCACCGUCAUCAACCACAAAGCAUGUAUCUUUGGUGGAGAGACGGCAGAUGGCCAGCUGUGCACCACUGACUUCCACGUACUUUCUCUUCCCGCCGUGACCAACGGUGAGCCACGAGCCGCAUACGCCUGCUAUCCCGCAUUUGCUAUGCAGGAUGCAGAGACAGACAAGACCUACGUUCCAGCCCCGCGUACAAGGCAUGCAGCCUGUGCCCGCGGCCAGUUCGUCAUUAUCAACGGUGGCUCUGACGCCAGUGGCAACCCCAUCGACGAGACGUGUCUGUGGCUAUGGGACUCUGAAAGUCUGAAGUGGACAAAGAUUGAGGGUUCAAGCCAAAUUGGCAAGACUCUCACUCCGAGAUUCGACCAUCACAUUUUUGUCGAUCACGCUCAAGACAUCCUCGUCCUUCACGGUGGACGUACGUCAAAGGACCAGAAGGCCAGCACCGAAACCUGGCUUUACAACUUUGACACUCUUGCAUGGACAGAAUUGCCACCUGCUCCAGGCGCACCGACCGCUGCCGCAUUUGUGGAUAACGUUCUCUACUCUGUCGGAACCGAAUCAGAUAUGAGUGGUGCAAUUCAUUAUAUGGACCUCAAAUCCAACGCCACCGGCCGUGAGAAGCCGAACGCGCUUGAAUGGAAGACUAUCAACUUCCCCGCGAACCCUCUAGUGCCUGGACCACGCCCACGUGAAGGAGGAGCCCUCGUCCCUGUUGACACCGGAGUUGGCCGACACUAUCUCAUUUACAUGUUUGGCAAGGACAGCACUGGGGGAGAGAAGGACUUCCACGCCGAUAUUUGGGCAUUGCAGCUUCCAAGCCAUGGAUUCACUGCUGCAGCAGUGAAGGAUGCAAUUCGGAAUAAGCUGCCUCGCGCUGAGUCGGGGGAGUUCAGCUGGGCUGAGGUGGAACUUGUGCCUGCCGAGGAAGUCAAGACAGAAGGCAAGGCUCAUCCUGGUCCUCGAGGUUUCUUUGGCGCAGGCGCUGCGAGCGCGAAAAGCCUCAUUUUCUGGGGCGGCGUCAGUGCUAAAGGCAAAGAGGGCGAUGGAUGGCUUCUUCAAGUCCAGUGA